AUGUCACAAAUGUCAGUAGUGAAAGACGAAAUACCAGAGGCAACCUUUAUUAUAUACGAAAGUUGUGGUAAUAGUAAAAAAGUUAAGACUUCAAAAGAAGUUAAUGAGAAAGUUAAUGAAUUAGAAGUGAAAUCGGAAAUUUUAGUUCAAAAUCAAAAUUUAGAUAUUCUUCGUAAAGAGAAUAAAUCACUUGGUACUGAAGUUGAAACUCUUAAGGCGGAUCAAAAUAAAUGGGUAAUAGAAAAAGAAAAUCUUGAAAAAGAGGUAAAUCAAGAUAAUUUGAAAAAGAAUACUUUAUUAAAUGAAGUUUGUCAAAAGGAACAUUUUUUGGCAUGUGAGGAAGCAAAACUGGUUGAAUUGGAAGAGAAAUUGGAUAAUUUUCGAAAAACAAUUAUUCAAUUAAAUGAGGAAAACAAACAAUUCGAUAUGGAACAAGUACCUCGCGACGCACCCGAUCUUCUUCUCGAUAAAUUAACUAAUUGGCACAAAGAAAAUGGUCAAGAACAAGUUCCACCACCAAUUUUUGAAAUUAAUGGUGUGCAAUUUCUAUUUAUUCAAACGCAUGACCUAUACUUUGUAUGCACGACAAAGUUUGAUGUUUCGCCUUUUAUGACCUUCGAACUUCUUGACCGGAUUGCAACGCUUAUCAAGGAUUUUUGUGGAAGUUUAAGUGAAGAGAUUUUACGAUUAAAUUCUGGUUUGGUUUAUGAACUUUUAGAUGAAGUUAUCGAUUGCGGUUAUCCUCAGACAACAUCAACAAAUAAAUUGAAAUCUUAUGUAUAUGAAGAACCAAUAUCUGCUAAACGUAAUAAUAUUAUCAUGGAUUCCUUAGCAAAACUAAAAGCACCUGGUAUCAAUAUUGGAAAUUCGAAUUGUCGACCAAUCAAUAUACGUGAUGAGAAUAGUAGAAAUAAUGAAAUCUUUAUUGAUAUUAUUGAACGAAUUGUUGCUUCAUUUGCUUCUAACGUAAGAUAUUCGAAGAUGAAUUUGAUAAAUUUUCUUAAAUAG